AGCAGAGAAGCUCGAAUUUGCUUUUCUCAAAUGUCACGUUUUGAAAUGUGUCAAAUGUUUUGAUUGUACGUAUACAUUAUUACAUAUAAAUUGUAUGCGCUUUCACAUAUCGAGGAGUAGCUAGCCAGUGUUGAUUGCCAAAUAUUACGACGAAACAUGUCAUCAGAAGAGGAAGAUGAUGAAUUACAAGAUUUAGAGGCAAUACGAGAUAAAAUACUUAGUACACCACGUAGUGAACGUAUGCAAGUAAGCGCUUGGGAAGACGACGAUGAUGGUGUGGAACCAGAGCGUAAUGCAAGAGGUGAUGCGAAAGCUAUGUUGACUGCUGCUGAAGAGGGAAAUCUAGAAAAAAUUAAGAAACUAGUAAGCAAGAAUCGCCUCUUGCUGGAAUGUACUGAUAAGGAUGGCUAUACUCCACUUCAUAGAGCAUGUUAUGGCAAUAAUAUAGAAGUAGUAGAGUAUCUACUAGAAGCAGGAGCAAAAAUAGAUGCUAAAACUCAGGAUGAAUGGCAGCCUUUGCAUUCUGCAUGCUGUUGGAACAAUGUGGAGUGCGCUGAAGCAUUGAUCGGAUAUGGAGCAGAAAUAAAUGCUAAAAGUAAAGGAGAUCAAACACCUUUACAUCUGGUUUCCGCUACUUCUCACAAUUCCCCUGCUCUUCAGCUUCUUUUGUUACACAUGGAUACAAAUCCUUACAUAGUAAACUCAAGUGGAGAUACAGCAGACCAGAUUGCAAGAAGGACAACAAAAUACUAUCCUAUGUUUGAAAUAAUUGAACCUUGCUUGAAUGAAAUUUGAGAAACUCCUUCUGGUGCGCUGCUGUAACAAAGCGCUGUUACACGUCGUUUGGAUGAAAUGGAGCCGACAGCUCUUGCAUUUAUAGUAUAAACACUCAACUCGGAUCGAUCGGCGGUCACGUUGACUUCUGAUCUAGGAAUCUCGAAAG